AUGUGGCCCGAAAAUUUAUUUGAUAUGCCAAAUUGGAAAAUAAAUUGUUUGAAAAGUGAAGAUGGUGCAGUUGGAUCAUCAAUAAUAGAACCUUCAAAUACGUCAGCAACUACUGUUGAUUUACACAAUUUAUCUUCAUCAAUAACUUAUCUUUCACCGAUUUUAAUGAAUUUGAAUCAUCAAUUAUCAACAUUUGAGUUAUCAUCAUCAUUACCUACAAUGGUAGCAACUACAAAAAAUUCAUCUUUAUUCGAACGUCGUUUAGCUAAAUAUCGUUCAUUAUCAUAUUUUUGGUUUCGUACAUGUACAUCUUCUAAACGACAUUCAAUGUUUGAUAAAAAAAAUACAAUAUUUAUUUCAAUUAAUAAUUUCGAAGUGGGGAUGAGCUGUGAAAACGGCAGUUCGUUAUGGGAUUUAAAACGAGCUAUAGGAAUGUGUAAAUGGGUUGCAUCUAGUCCAGUAGCUUCUUUACGUGCUGUUAAAGGUCGAACAACAAUUGAAUUAACAAAAAAAGAAGGUUAUCCACUUGGUUUAACUAUAUCAGGCGGGAUUGAUAAAGCUGGUAAACCACGUGUAGCACAACUUAAACCAGGUUCAAUUGCACAAAAAUCUGAUACGUUAGAAAUUGGUGAUAUAUUAAUUGGUAUAAAUGGUAUUAAAACAGCUGGUCUUAAACAUGAACAAGUUAUUGAUUUAAUUAAACAAGUAGGAGAUCAAUUAAUAUUAGAUAUUGAAUAUGAUUUACCUAAAUGGCCUAUACAUGCAAUUAAUACAGUACAUACAAAAACGAUACAAAUUCAAUUAGAAAAAGAAGGACAAAGUUAUGGUUUUAUUUUACGUGGUGGAGAUUCAGAUGACAAAAGUAAAACACGACCACUUAUUAUUACAAAGAUACGACCACAAGGACCAGCUGAUAGAGAAGGAACACUUAAAAUUGGUGAUCGAGUGUUAGCUAUAAAUGGAAUUAAUGUUAGUGGAGCAACAUUACAAGAUGCACAUAAACUUAUGAGACAAUGUCGUGGUACAACUUUAUUUCUUAUUGAAUAUGAUGUUGCUAUUGUUGAUAGUGUUAAACGUGCAGCAGGUCCACUAUUAAUUGAAAUUGAAAAAUCUUUUGGAUCAACAAUUGGUAUUAGUUUAACACAAAAAUGGACUCGAAAUAAUCAUUCAGUUAUUGUUAUUGAUAAUGUUAAACCAGCAAGUAUUGCUGAUCGAUGUGGUGCAUUACAUUGUGGUGAUCAAAUAAAUGCAAUUGAUGAAAAAUCAUUUAUGGAUAUAUCAUUAAUUGAAGCUAAUACAAUUCUUCAAUCAUGUACAAGUGAUUUUUGUCGUAUUGAAGUAACACCUGCAAGUGCUUUAACAUCAUUAAAUAUGAUUAUUGAUCAAACACAAAAUCGAGGUAUUAUAAUGAAUGAUAAUAAUUAUUCAACAUCUUAUCGUUCACCAAUGCAAAUGAAUAAUUGGAUAAUGAGAAAUAAUUAUCAAAAUUUAAAUCGAAAAUCACUUAAUAAAACACGACAUAAUUCAAUGAGUGUUAAAUCAUUGGAUAAUUUAUCAAACAAAAUUUCACCAUGGAUUAUUAAAACUUAUAAUCUUCUUGAGUUAGGUUCACUUAAUUCAUCAUAUCAAACAAUUUUGAGUAAUCAAAUGUGUCAUAUAGAAAUUAUGGAAUGUAUUCUUCAAUUUGAUCCAUUAUUCUCAAAUAGAAUUUCAACAGAUGGAGAAACAAUUAGUUGUUUUGGUUUUACAAUUCAAGGUACUUCAUUUAUAUCAGAUGUACUUAUGCAACCACCUAUUAUUGGAUAUUUGGAACCAGGUGGUGUUGCUGAAAGAUCAGGUAUUCUUCAACCAGGUGAUCGUAUUCUUACAAUAAAUGGACAAUUAUUAGAAGGUAUGACAUUAGAAGAUGCUCGAUCAAUAAUUAAACGAUCAAAUCAUCAAAUUCAUCUUGAAAUUGAAUUUGAUGUUGCUGAUUUUGUUAUGCUUUCAUCGGGAGUUUGUGAAGUAAAACUUUUAAGAAAAAAUCUUGAUCUUGGUUUAUCUGUAACAUAUUCUCGUUCAUCUCAAAUUGAUGAAAUUCCAAUAAUAAGUGAUGUUAAACGUGGUAGUGUAGCUUAUCGUUGUGGAAUGAUUCAAGCAGGUGAUCAUCUUCUAUCUAUUGAUAUGCAUUCAUUACGUGGAAAAAGUUUAAAUGAAGUUUCAUUAUUAUUAAAAAAUUGUGAUGAUAUUGUACGAUUAAGAAUAAAAAAAGAUGAUAUCUAUUCACAAGAUAAUCUUUGUGAAAAUGUUAUUGUUUAUAAAGUACAAUUACAUCGACAAGGUGGUCCACUUGGUUUAACAAUAGCAGGUAGUGAAGAUGUAUUUGAACCAAUUAUUGUUUCGGAUCUAUGUGAAGGUGGAUUAGCUGAUAAAACAAAUGCAAUUCAUAUUGGUGAUAGAAUAUUAGCAAUAAAUGAUGUUAGUCUACGUGGUAAAGGUCUUAAUGAAGCAAUUAAAUUAUUACAAACAAGUGGUGAUGAAAUAACAUUAAAAAUUUCUCGAUUAGUUAAUCAACAACAAAAAGAUUAUACACCAUCUGUGGAUUCAGCUAUGGAAUCUUGGGAUAGUUCAAAUACAGAUAAUAGACUUAGUGAUAAUAGUGAUGGAAUAACAAAAGAAAUUAUUGUUAAUGAUCAUCAACAUUAUCAAAUACCUAAUCCAAAUACAAAUGAUAGUGAUUUUCUUCUUAAGCAUCAAAUACAUUCAAUACCGAUAACAACUCUAAAUGGUAACCGUCCAUUGGUAAUCUUUCCAUCGACAUGUGUUUAUCGAACGCCACCGUCUAAUGGUCGACUACGUGAAUCAAUACGUCAUCCGGAUCAUGAACGACAAAGUUCAUGCAUUCUAAAUGAUAAACCAAUUGGAACAAAUAUUUAUGAUGCAAAAUAUGAUAAUUAUACAAAAGAUCGUUUAACAAAUGAUUCAAUAACAGUUAUACUUAAACGUGAUAAACGUGUACUUGAUUUUGGUUUUUCAAUAUCUGAUCGUCUUUAUGGUACAGGUGUUUAUAUAAAUAAAAUUCGACCAAAUGGACCAGCUGAAUUAGAAGGAACAUUAAUACCAUGCAUGAGAAUUUAUAAAGUAAAUAAUACUGAUGUAACACGUUUGGAAUGUAAUCAAGUUGUACCAUUAUUAUCAUCAUCAUCCGAUGAUUUAAUAUUAGUUGUUGGACGACGACCAGCACCAAUGUUUGAUGAAACAGAUGAAUUAUUUGAUAUUGAUGAAAAUGAAGGUGAACAUCGAUCAUCUAUUAUUACUGAUACAUCCAUAAAUGAAAAUCAAAUAUCAAUUGUAAAUGAUAAUAAUAUAUAUUCUCGUCUUUCACAAUCAAAAACGAGUAUUGUAUGA